AUGAAUAAAUUAUUCUUACACGUUGCUCAAGUUAUUGAUGUGGAUAUUGUGCCUGUAACUCAUCGUCGAGUACGUUUAUGUAAAUAUGGAAGUAAUGACCGUUCUUUGGGUUUUUACAUUCGUGACGGUACUUCACUCCGAAUGACUUCACAAGGACCAAUUAAAUGUGAUGGAAUAUUCAUUUCACGAUUAUUGGAUGGUGGACUUGCAAGCUCGACUGGUCUUUUAGGUGUUGGUGAUGAAGUUGUUGAAGUUAAUGGAAUUGAGGUUCACGGAAAGACUUUAGAUCAAGUUGCCGAUAUGAUGGUAGCAAAUGCACAUAAUUUAAUUAUAACUAUUAAACCAGCAAAUCAGCGAAAUUCUUUACAAAGGACAGGAAAGAAUAGAAAUUCUGGAUAUCAGGAUGAAAGCCAAAACCUUUCUUCUUUUACAAAUGAUAAAAUUCCAAUAACAAAUGGAAGUGGUGGAAGAGUAUAUCCAGCAAAUCAACAAAUAACACAACUACAAACAUCUAACAAUAACAAUAAUAUUAAACAUUUUCAUUCACAAAAUGAAAGGCAAAAACAACAACAAUUAUAUGAAGAAGAUAAUGAUGAUGAUGAGGGAGAAGAGGAAGAAGAUGAAAUUGUUGAUCAUACAAAAACAGCAUUAAAAAUUCGUUAA